GGACAGAAAGAAACAUAGCAAGAACAAAAAAAUUGAAAAGUUAAGAAGUUCGGUCUUAAAAGGAAAAAAAUAAUAAUAGAAAUGGCUGGAACUAAAGAUUUACCAGCUCUUCCUGAAGGGCAAGAAAGCUAUGCUGGAAUACCAAAGGCUGUGUUUGUUGACGAUGUUGAACAAUUUAUGGCCUUACCAGAAAAUAACUUUCAGGCAGAGAAAGUUUUGAAAUCGCUUGACGAACAACAUAGCAAAUAUAAAUUUAUGGAAAUGAACAUGAUUGCUCGUAAGCGACGAUUAAGACAACAACUUCCCGAUCUCCAAAAGUCACUUGAGAUGAUUAAAAUUUUAAAAGAGCAAGAAGAAGAUGAGUUACAAACAAACAUUCUUCUAAGUGAGCAAGUUUUUGUAAAGUCAGUCAUCCAGAAAACAAAGACAGUAUGUCUAUGGCUUGGUGCUAAUGUCAUGCUCGAAUAUCCAUUGGAUGAAGCUGAAGAGCUAUUAAAACAAAACUUAGAUUCAGCUAGUAUGAAUCUUCGGUGUCUUGAGCAUGAUCAACAAAGUUUCUUAUCAAUCAUCUUGUUAACUUAUCUUGUCAACUUUAUCAACGCGAUGGGAAUAAAAUUUCGUUGGUUUCGUCAUCGGCUAACAUUAGAACAGCCUGAAAGAGUUGAAGUAAGUCCAGUUCUGUUAAGGACAACUUCAUUUACAGAAUAUCGAGAGAAUUGUUCGAUAGGCGUUUAUCAUGAUCGUCAAAGUAUUUUCCGUAUGCCAUUCAAGAACAAAAUAAAUUUUACGAAGCCUUCAAGUCGUGAUGAUACUCAGAUAACGACAAUUCAACAAACUGCUUCAACAUCAAAUAAAUUGUCAGAAAGAGAAAAGGAAAUUGCCAUGAUUGAGAAGAACGAAAGUUUAAAACGUAAAAUUCAUGAACAAUUGCAAUCACGCAACAGCGCAUCGAUGCCUGACUUGGUGAUGCGUCAGGAUUUAAGCCCAAAGCAAUACAGAGAACGAUCAGUUGAUGAUUAUGAGAUUCAAGAAAUUACUCAAGAUCUUCAAACACCAAAGAUAAACAUCGUGAAAGUUCAAUCGAUUGAGGAUUUAAACGUGUCUGCUAUUGACAAUUCUGAAAGCUCAGAAAAACCACAAAAUUUUGAUUCAAAUAUUCAAAUUCAUUCAAAUAAUAUCAACAACGAAGAAAACGAAAAAACGUUCGAAAAUGGUGAAGAUAAGAAAGAAGAUAAAAACGAAAUUAAAGAUUCCGUGGAAAAAGCCGUAAAAUUCCAAGAAGUAAAUUCCGAUUUCUAUGAAAAAACAUUCGAAGCGCAAAUAGAAAAAGCUGAGAGUGCUAAAUCGUUAGGUUCACCUGAAGCUGCGUUACCACCCACGCCCAUGAAACGUAAAUCAAGGGAAGAUAGCUUUGAAAAGCCAAGAGUUGAGUUGAAAAAACCGAAAGAAGCAACUAUCAAUGAAAUUGUUGAGAAUAUUGAAAUUCCGACAACUCCACCACGUAUCAAACCAAGAACGAAAAAAUUAAUUCAUCGCACAUCCAGCGCUUCAACGACCAACAACGUUCAGAAGAUCGAAAAUGCUUCAAAUGAUGAUGACAAGUCAAUCGUUACUAAUUCUGAUAACAUUGUAGCUGAUGAGAUAUUUCUGAAAGUAAAAGUUAAAACUGAAGUGAAACAUUCUGAACAAUCAAAUCCAAAUGAAAUAUCAGAAGUUGAUUCAAAGGUCCAAGGAAGAAAAUUGUCUGUGGGUGAUGUAAGAACCUUUACAGUUGUUUCAAAUUUGAACACAGAUUACAAAAACGAUGAGGAAGUAAAUCAAACAACUGAUACAAGAUUUACUGUCGAGGAAGUUAAUGAUAAACUUCCCGAUGUUACUGAUAAUGACAAAGUCACAUUAAAAACAAUUGAAAUCCCUGUCGAGGUUUUUGAACCUUUGAAUAAUGAAAAGAAAAACGAGAAAAGUUUAACACCACCGAUUUCUGUUAUCAAAAAGUUUGAAGAUGGAACUAUUUCAUCAAUAGAAAUUGUUGAUAUUAAAGCAGAAGAUGAAGAAACAACAAACGAUAAUCUUCUCGCACCCAAAUCCAUUUUGAAGUCAACAGAAAGUUCUGUCAGUCCAGUGCCUAAGAAAAUAUCAUUUCAUAGUGAAACACAAAUAAUUUCGCGACCUGACUCGAUAACAAUGAGUUCCGAUAGUGAAGAAGACGAUGUUUGGAAUCGCGUAGAUAAACAUCGCAAUCAACUUAAUAAGGUUGUAGCUGAUGAUUCUGAUAUUCCACCUCCAUUACCUACAACUCCACCACCAUCAUUAGAUGAUGAAAAAUCAAUUUCAUUUGCAUAA